CCGUCUUUGCUGGGUGCUGGGUGGUGUGUUACUGAAGUCUGCAAUUUGAUUCUAAGUAGAAUAUCUACUGUUUGGGGAUGUCCUGAGAUACAGUGACGAUGGAGAAUGAUGACAGAGUUGAAGAGGAAGAUUAUAGUCCGCGGGUGAAGGCUGCACGUUUGAGUGCACAGGAGCUGCUCGCCCAUCGGAAUUUGGACCGUACUGUUCCACCCAGAGGGGGGACCAAGGACUAUGCCCCAGAUGGCAGUCAGGAACAGGAAGAGAAGCUCCAGGGGAUGUACAGUCUGUACCGGAGGAUGCUGGCAGAGGAGAGGGUCAAUAAGAUUGGAAACCUGUCCACAGCAAUCUGGUUAGAAGAUCUGGGUCUUGCAGAAGUCACCGUAGACAAGGGGAAGUUCUGGCAUCACAUAGGCCACACCAAUGAAGGCAAGAAAUAUCUGUAUCCUGAAGAAGCAGUUUUCCUCAUGGAAACGAAUGCCAUUGAAGUGUACUGGAAUAAGGUACCAUUAGCAGUACAGCAGGCCUAUGCCAUGAUGCUUGGGAACAAAGUCAGCAUGGAGCAGUACCAGGUGUAUGCUCACCUGUCCAGACUUGGUUACAUACUGAUGAGACACCAGUCAAGGGAACACUUCUCGUGGUAUGAACGUCAGAUUCAGCUGGACGAGUACAUCCCCUUAAAGGAGCGGAUCAAGGAAACGUCAAGUGCACAAGUUAGGGACUGGUUUCCUCCAAACCAACAGGAAGAACAAGAUUCUCCAUCAUCAGGGAUACUACAGAAACCUGAUGACGUAAACACAUGUGGAGACAACAUUGCCAGUCAAGAAAGUGACGAAGUUAAAUCAGUAUCUCAUUCACCAGUAGAACAUUCAACCUCAAAUCCAAUGCCAAGAGAUUCACUUGUAGAGACUCAAGCAUUAGUAAAGAAGGGAAGAAAUGAACAGUCUGUGGAAGACGACCAGAUGGAAGUACAGUAUGAAGACAGCAGAAAAGACAAGACUGAGAAACAAGAGACAAAGGAAUUAAGCUCUUUGGUUUUGGCACCUCAAGAAUACAAAUGGGACUUUACCAACAUUAACAUACCCAAUGUGGGACAGGACAGUGAUGUAUCAGAGAUCCCCAUACCUAGUACACAACUCCUCCCAGCAGGUGUACAGGUAAACAAUGUUCUUAAGAUCAGCACAGGUGCGUUCUCACUCAACACAAAGAGAGGGAGGAAAGGGAAGUCAAAUUCAGAGCACCUUUCCAAGAUCAUACCAAACUUGAGAGCUGAGGAUGACCCAAGAAAAGUGGCCAGGAACUGGGAUGAGUAUAAGAAGCUGUGUGGAGUGAGGAGGACAGUGGACAUGUCAGACACACCUGUGGCACACCUGUGGGAGGGAGAUGUCACUCCAUUGGUCAGGCCAAGUGAUGCUACAGACAUGGGUGCCAUCUUGAGCAAGCUGCAGGUUAUACAAAACAUCAGUCUGGAGAAAGAGUGCAGCAGCCUCCCGAAACCUGAUAGAAGUCUGGACAUCGCUUAUGAUGUGUAUCUGCCAGAUUCUCGCUUCAAGAAAUCCAAGCCUGGCAGGCCCAACCUCAGGGUGUGUGUUCAGAGGUUUUCGGACCCAGCACCACACCUAGCGCUGAUUGUUCAGCUGAACCAACUGAGCUCGCCUGUGCCUCUCCUCUGGGCAGUGGUGGACAACGGAGACAUCUCCUUCUACAGUUUCACUGAGGCAGACCUGCCCACUGACUACCACAUGUGAUGGGGGACACAAGUUAUACUACUAGAUAUGUUGAACCUUUUAUACCCAGUUGUUGUCGGCUACAAUAUUCGCGUCUCCAUAUAUUUUGUUUUAUAUCAUACAGCUUCACUGAGGCAGACAUGCCCACUGAUUACCACAUGUGAUGUCAGGAUGGAUAAAACUAAACUACUGGAUAUGUUGAACCUUUUAUACCCUGUUGUUGGCGGCUACAUUUUUCUCGUCUCCAUAUAGUUUGCUUUAAAUCAUACCAGGGACGUAAUAAUGUUCAAUAUCGUUGUUCCGACCGGUCUGUAUUUUAAAUUACCUCCCAGAGCUCCAUGCAUAUAUACUAGUACUUCAAUUUGAAUGAUUGAAAGUCACUUGUGCUUUGAUGUCACAUCUCUUGCUCUUUUUUUGCAAUAAACUUGUGUUAGCAGGGGUUGGCAUGAUAUACAUGAAAUACAACACGGGGUAUACUGUAUUGCCCUGGCUCCCGAUCGUACCUACAGUCGGGCGAUACGGAUCACCCCAUGUUGUAUUCUAUGGAGUUACAGUCGUGUGAGUAGGUGGUAUGUCCUAGCAUGAGUACCCCACAUACAGACCCCAUUCAUAUCAGGAUUUGAGAAAUUCAAUCCAGAGUCACCCAGGCACAGGAUUGAUCCAAAUUUAUCCAAAUCUAUAAGGAGCACCCAGAAUGACAUUAACAGGAUUGGGCUUCCCAUGAUUAUGUCUUGCUUUCAUGGUCAAUGUGUAUCUGUAAUCUUUGGAAGAAAUUUAGUCUGUGACUUUGUGUAUGAUGCACUGCAUAUUUCUCUUUACUUCUUUUUCCUUCUUUUUGCUUUGAUCGCAUACUGAAAUGGAGGUAAAGGUAUCAACUUCGGUAUCUAUAGAAAAAGCAUCCUUAAUGAAGUCAAUCUAUAAACAGGAUGCUUCUUUUCCCUGAGGAGAUUCUGAAUUCAAUAAAUUACCAUGCUGUA